AUGGAGGAACAUUGCUUAGUUAUGUGCGGCGAGUGGCGUUGCUCCUCCGCUGGUCAGUGGGAUUUCCUCGUCGACAAGAAUCUGAUGUCACGAGUCAUUGUUGUUCAAGUCGGCAUUAGCCUGGAGGAGCUGAAGAAUCGUGUUGUUGUUGAGUUUUUUCCUCACGGAAAGUCUUGCCUUACGGUUGCGCUUAGUUACUGGCCACCAAACACGACAGAGCUGGCGACAGGUAUCAGGACACCUCCUGUCAUUCUCACCAACGAAGGGCGUUCUGUUUCAGCUGCACUCGGUAGCUGCUCGUCCAGGGGUCCCGUCAGACCCUUUGUGUCCAGUCUCAUAGGACGAAAAUUUUCCUUCGACGACACCGGUUUCAAUGGGGCUGAUAAGACAAGAGGAUUUAGCGAAGGGUCUUCUUCUGGAUGUGUACAAACUCCAUCGGACGAGACCCUGUUCGAUGCCGAGCUGAUGGAAGAUGUUUUUUUCGGUGAUCCCGAGAAGCGAACAAGCUCCGCCUACGUGGACGGACUUACUGCAUCCGACUCCGACGAGAGUUGCGGCGAGUUACCUCCAGGGGCUCCUGAUGUACGCCCUGUUGGCUAUGACAAAGAAUUCUGGGAGCCAUUGAUCAGCGAUCCCUUUGGCGGUUCCGACGCAGUUGACAUAAUGUGUCCUCCAAGCGAUGGGUUCGAUGGGAAAGCUGCAGCACUUGGCAAGCGGCGAAUGAUAUUGUGCUCGAACAACGACGCUUUCGAUCACUAUGUCUUAAGCGGCGAUGUCUUGCCUGACAUUAAGACAGAAGGAGUUCCUCGUAGGCGUGUAGCAGAGACUCCACUAACUGACGAUUGUCGUCCACUGGAGCAAAUUGACGACGAGGAGUUCGACAUACCCCCUAUGUUUAACGACACUAAAUAUGUGACAGACGACAUACCGGAUCUGGACAUAGAGGUUUCUGGAGAGUGCAUCUACGUAGGCAGACUGUUCAAUAGCAAGGUGGAGUGUCAAAUUACGCUGGCUAUUCACGCAAUUAAGGAGAUGUUCCACUUCAAGCAGUCCACGACGAAGAGGCACUAUUUCAUUGUUAGCUGCGUUGAUAAGUUUUGCGACUGGAGGGUAAGAGCGAAGGAGGUUGGAGAUUGCGGUUACUACGAGAUAACGAAGGCGACACUUGACCACUCUUGUUGCAUAGAUACCCGUAAUGCAUACAGGAAAAAGUCUUUGUCGCGUGUAAUUGCCGCCGUUUUCAGGGCUAAGUACGGAGACCCUGAUAAAGGUCCUAGGGCUACACAGCUGCAACGGAUGCUUGCAAACCCUGGAACUGUUACUGAUAUAGAGACAGAGUUGGAUGUUGAUGGCAACAAACGUUUUCUCUAUGCCUUCCUUUCAUUUGGAGCGUCGAUCACUGGUUUUAGCAGACUUAGACGUGUCGUUGUUGUGGACGGCACUCAUUUGUUGGGCAAGUACAAGGGUGUUCUUCUUACUGCUGUUGGGCAGGAUGCCAACUUUCAGGUUUUUCCUCUUGCCUAUGCUCUCGUUGACUCUGAAUACACGAAAUCUUGGACAUGGUUUUUGCAAAGGCUAGAGAGGAUUUUGGGAGAUAGCUCGAGUUUGGUUAUAGUUUCAGAUCGCGCCACGUCCUUGUAUGCUGCCAUUGCCGCCGUCUAUCUGCUUGCUGUGCAUGUUGCUUGUAUAGUACACCUAGCUCGCAAUGUUAACUCUAUAUACAACUCAAAGGGUCUCGGGAAGUUGGUGACUAGCUGCUUUUGCCUACAGACCCUCAGCUUUCAAGCCUCACUUUGA